UCAUCCAACGUAUACAAAAGACUCAAAAGCCUUGAUCAUCGCUGCUCGCUUCACUGCACUACGAAGUAUCCGUCGCGAACAAAGCACCCCGCGGUCUCCUCGUCCUAUCCAUCACCAUCAUGACCGUCGCCAAGUCUUCCACCUGCUGCGGCAAGGGCAACGUCGAGUGCGCUUGUGCAAAGCAGGCCACCUGCUCAUGCGGCAAGCAGUCGGCUCUCCACUGCAGCUGUGACAAAGCCGCCAAGGAAAACGUGGUCGAGGGCCCCCGCUGCUCGUGCCGUGCCAGGCCUGCAGGGGAGUGCACUUGCGACCGGGCUGCCUCUGAGAACACCAAACCCGCGGGUUCGACGUGCCAAUGUGGUGCCCGUCCUGCCGGCGCUUGCACCUGCGAAAAGGCCAGCGACGGUGGCUACAAUCCUGCCAACGAAAUUGACUUCACGACCAGCAAGUAAGCGCGGCACAUUGUGUCGGGAUGACCGGGCGGUAUUGUUCGCGUAAUGCAUAUUUGAUCACGAUGAUACCGAUUGGGAAUGGCGUUUUCGGUUAGUCGAGACGGGAGGGCUCGGUUGUAUCAUUAGAGGUCCGCGGUAUGAUGCAACGCGGAUAAAUCAUUAACAGGCGUUGUCGGUCGUGGCUGUUUUGAACGAACACAUUGAGUUAGGUUAUGUACUGUACCGGGGAGGUCAGGUCAGGCAUGAAUCCAUCCAUGGUUGGAACCCAGACAUCGACCAACAAUAAUCACGAAAUGCUCCG